AUGGGAAUACAAACAGCUAUGCCUCCUAAUUCGUCACCUAGCAAUGGAAUGACAGGCCAUUCACCCAUACCUCAAAUAGAGAACAUAGUCAAGAAGGACAACCCAUUCAACUAUAUGCCAACCUUCAGCAAAUCUGGGAAGGCUGGGCAAACAACUAGACCACAAUCUUCCAUGCAAAGCCACAGUUUUCAGAUAAAAUUGAUCGAUCUCUGUACCGAGCAUCAGGGCACAUACUUCAAGUGUGAAGAUCUGGCCGAAUUCUGGGACAAAGUUUCGCAUUCAUUGGCUCUUGGAUCUUCUUUCCCUAUAACUAGGAACGACGUUGAGGGAUGGGUCGAAGAAAUUUGCCGCGAAGCAAAAGGGUCUUUGCUGCACAGAGAGAUAUUUCCGCAUCGCGCUGGCCGCGAAGAUCUUGAUAUUGCAAUCGAGGAUUGGCUCGAAAUCGAAGGUAGAAGGAGGUUCCAGCACGGCUUCUCGGAAAUGAUUAAGGGUUACCUACUUGCAUAUGGUCCUGAGGAGUCCGAAGAAGAAGAUCUUCUGACAUACUCUUGCUUGAAUAGGCUAAGAGAAAACAUGGAUAGAGUCAAGACCGCUAUGAGCGACAAAGGCGAGGCUAGCCGUAGGAAUGGCGCGAUCCUCAUACAUAAGGUAGAAUUACUCGCAUCGAUGCCAAGCAUAAAGUCGACGCAGCAGGCCUUGUCUCCAGAAGAGUUACAUGAUUAUACUGACGAUCAGUCACAUGAAAUCAGAUUUCCACCCCUUAUCCCUAACGCAGAUAUCCCAUCUGACCCCCCUCCAUUAAGCCACGCUGGAUCCCAAUAUCAGGUUGUUGGCCCUUCUAGCAUAACUGAGAGCGUUGGCAAUGGGUCACCAAACCUACCCUCAAGGCUAUCUGACGAGGUGGACGGUAGCCAAAGCCCCGCAAUCGAGCUCUUCUCAGAUCAGAAACUGCCUGGGACUUCAGUUCAUCUAAAGAGACCUCUGCAUGACCUUAGCGUCCAAGGCGAUCAUCAAUCGGUACCGGGAUUUCCAGCUAUUAAAAAGUCUGCCAUAGAAUUGGGUAGUACUGGGAAGCCAGAGAUAUCAAAGAAGAGAAAAGUUCAGAAGGGAAAGGGGGUUGACCGAUCUCGGCAGCUUUUGAGAAAAGAUAACAGUCUACCCAAUGCAAAUCUUAACAUACCGUCUACUCCAUGUUCGACUCAAGACCCAGUGGCAAUUGACGUCAGCCAGAAUACUCAAAACCAGCAGCAACCCGGGGCCGGCGAAGAAUUUCAUGUGAAUUCCCAUCUUGCUGGGCAAGAGUAUGCAAAUGCUUUAGCAGCAACUCCAUCAACAACGACACGGAAGGCCAGGAAAAAGAAAGGGACAGUCGAGAAGCAAACUCUGACGAAUAAGAAGCAUCUUAAGCAAACCAAUGAGACCAAUCACUCCGCUAUUCCAUCGCAAAGGGUGCCCCUCGACAGCCUCACCUGUAACAGCGAUAAGGGUCCGGCCCAGAAUCCGUUUGGCAAUGUCCCAGUCAUCGACUUAACACGAUCUCCAGAUCAAGAAGUCGUCAAACAAGAACUCGGACGGGCUACUGAAGGCUUAGAAGGACAAAUAAUUCGAUUGACGGCAAAUCUAAACGGGGUUGUGGGUCUUACACCUGAGAAGAUAAAGGAUAUCAUUGAUCGAAGCGUCUCGGCGAGAUUGAAUGACGCGGCGUACCAGAUCGUAGAAAGGUUUGAUAAGACCUUAGAAAAUAAGUUAAGUCAACUGAAAAAGACAUUGGAGGAGAGUUAA